UAUUAAAUUUUUGCAUCGUGGAAGUUUCCUGCAUUAUUGUGAAAAACAACGAGAACAAAUACAAACAUUUAAUGCGUUUCAAGACUGUAGAUGAUUAUUUAAUCUCAAAUUCCUUGGCUGUAAACUACAGCACAUAUCUGCGAGCUUAUUAUGAUUUUCUCUGGCAAUAUAAUAAGAAUAUCCAAGUGAAGCCAAGUAUUGAAAUGCCUGAGCACAAAAUCUAUAAUCAAAAUAUGGCGAAGAUAGUGCGUGAGAUGCCGGUAUUUGUAAACUUUUCGGAUGAAUUGAUAGAGUUAAUCGCGGCCCGAGCAAUUGUCCAUGUUCAUCCACCUGGGUUUGAAAUAUCCGUCGUGAAUGAUCGCAAUAUACAUUUACAUAUUAUUACAAAAGGAUAUUGUUCAAUGGCUAUGUUUUUACCUGGAGAUGAAGAGAAACACAUUAUAAAAACUUUAAAACCUGGCGAUUGUUUCAACGUUAUCGAAAGUUUACAAGCACUGAAUUCUUUCAACACAGUUAAAACUUUAACAGCAGUUGAAGAAAUAUCAAUUCGUGCAAGUGUGGUAUUUGAUGUUUUGAAUACCAAUGAAAUAGAAAAGAAAAAGUUUAGAGAUGUUAUACGCUGGCACCGCUCAAAUAAUUACACCGUAUUGAACGAUUCGAAACAAAGUGACUUUUUGAUUGAUGACAAAACUGAGAAACCGAAAAUGCCGCAUGUGCCGUACUUCAAGUACGUUAUUGAUGAUAAUUACGAUUUCGGUAAAGGGAAAACCGAGCGCCGAAAACUGCAGAAGCAAGUGGGUAUGUUAUAUUACUGUCUGCUGAACAAGACAAUAGAUCCAAGGAAUAAAUAUUACAUCGCGUGGGAGAUAUUUCGGAGCACGGUCGUCAUUUGUUACGGGUUCAUCUCAUUCAUGAAUAGUACAUUGUUAAGAGGCCAUCAUCUUACUAAAAUUAUUACUUUAGUUAUUGCUGAAGUUGUACUCUUGGUUGACAUUUACAUACGAUUACAUUUACAAUACUACAACGAAGAAGGAAUUAAAAUUAGUUAUCUUCCUUAUACAAUCGAACACUAUGUAAAGACUUCCAUGACUUUGGACUUGAUCGCUGUGAAUCCUCUGGUUCCUAUCCCGAUGUACAUAAGAAAUUCAUUUAAAUUCAGUCUAAACGUGUUUAAAGCAACAGUUUAUUACGUUGCUCUGUUCCAUCGCCCCGUACAAGGAUUACAUUAUGUCGAAGAUAACUUUAACGACAUUCGCAAACAUCUUGCAACAGCUUUACGAUAUUUGAUAAUUGUGUGCAGCGCCUUCGCCAUCGUCGGCAAUGGCAUGCUAUUAGCCGUCUGCAGCUACGAUAAAAAUGCGCGUGGGUUUAACUGCACGGCGACGCCGAACUACAUCUCGACAUCGCCGUUUGCCAACUAUACAGAUACACGCUACCUAUUAAUAUUUAACUUGCACGCCGUUUCGGAGCGAAUUCAUUCCGACAUUGUCGGCGUUAGCGAAUAUCCUCUCAUGAAUAAUAUAAUCGAAUCUCUUGGGAUGAACCUGAUAUUGUGGUGCUUUAAGCUGUAUCUUAUGUGCAAGUUGAUAUCAUCAACGAUUGGUGCAAAUGCAGUAAUUUUUAACAAGCCUAAAACCCUCUUUAAUAAUUUCACUGCUUUUGUAAAAUAUGAAUCAAUCACCGAAGCGAUUGUAGAAGAAGUAAAAGAACACUUUGAAUAUGUUAACACUAAACAUGGUGGACAUGAAAUUAAUAACUUACUCAACAAAUUAUCAAACAAAGUACGAUUGGAUAUCAAGAAGCUUUUGUUCACUGACACAUUAAAGAAAACGAAUUUUUUCCACGCGUUUUCAACUAGUUCUCUUCGUGUAUUUUUGGAUUUUAUUGACUUGCGAUAUUACAAGAUCCACGCAGAUAUUAUCAGAUGUAACGAUGUGCAGAAGAACAUUUAUGUGGUGUCAAAGGGUACUGUAGAUAUUGUCAUCGCUGGCGACACCCUAAUCACAUUGACCCGCGGCGGAGCUUUCGGUUGUUUUACAGAAAAGGGUAUUACUAGACAAACAAUUUUGGCGCGCUCGAAUGUGCACGUGGAGCUGCUCGUGAUGGAUAGCAAGUUGUUUUUCAAACAUGUGACAGCGUAUCCGACAUUAAUGGCCAGAUUUCGGAUGCAUAUGUUUCGUAAUAUUGAAUAUAUUAAAUCAGUGGAAUCGGUGGAUGAUACUUUUUCGUCGGGGGAUAGUGCUAAUACGAAAAUAUGGGCGCAGAAUAUUCACUGUUAUAAAUUCUACGAUCGGUUUAACAAACAUAUUUUGUUAUCAAGCAAUAACUACAAAAGAUAUACUUUGGCUGUUAUACAUAUUGCAGCUCUAUCAAGUAUUAUUUUUGUGUUUUUGUUUUUUGUGAGAAAAUAUUGGAUUUUAGCGUCAUUCUGCUACAUCUGCGACCUGUUUUUCUGGGUAAACAUUGUAAUAAUGUUCCACAUGCAGUACAUCGAUCCAGACACGGGCAUACGCAUCACAUUCCCGGUCCUAAUCCGCAAGCGAUACGCAAAGUCCUUGACGUUUUGGGUCACGCUCUUGGGCAGUCUGCCAAUCGAGAUAAUUCCGCUGAUUGCACGCGCUGACACGUUUGUGGUCGAAUGUUUCUUCUGCAAUAGAUUAUUACGAUUCGUCCUGGCAAUGAUGUACAACCACGAACUACAAAAAAAGUUAUCGUUCAGCAACUGGUUCCAAUGGUUGUAUAUAAUCUACUUGAUAAUGUUUCAAAUUGGCUUCAUGUCUUUAAUCUGGUAUUCCGUAGCCUGUCAUUUAGAAACGUGCAUGCAUCGCGUGAGUACGGGGCCCAAGAAGGAAAUGGGCACGGCGGGCGAACGCAACGAGAUCCUCCUGAGUCUAUUCUACGUCGUCAUCCUGUUUACGGCCGCCGGUGUCCGCACGGUGUCAUCAGUUACAAUGAGUCAGAUCACUGUUACCGUUCUGAUAUCGAACGCAUCGCUCAUCAUCACCUCGUUAAUGAUUGGUGUCCUCACCAGUUUGCUAAUUAUCAGACAUCGUGCUGCAAAUGAAUAUAAAACUCGAGUUGCACGCAUGAAAAUAUUCUUCAGCUCAUUACAUCUUUCGCCAUAUUUACGUGAAAGGAUGUAUCAAUCUAUGGUUAUCCUCUGGAUGCGUCGACGUGGUGAAUUACUUCCCAAAAUUAUUUAUGAUGCACCGAUGUAUAUCCAACAAGAUGUUAUGAUGUCUCUUUAUGGGAUGCAUUUAACUCGUCAUCCGAUUUUUGGUAAAAUGCAUAAGGAUAUGAUAAAACAAAUUUGUGUUUUAUUAAAAGUGGGGUUAUACACACCGGAACAAGUCAUAGCUGCAGCUGGAGAUGAAGAUGAUUGUAUGUAUUUUUUGCAUAGUGGACAAAUGCGUGUGACGGAUAUGAAAACAAACAGAUCGUUUGUUGUUCCUUCGUAUUUUGCGUUUGGGGAGGAACAAGGAAUUUAUGGGAUUGCACAUAAGAGGACCUAUGUUGCUUAUACAACAAUUGAUUUGUUGUUAUUGGAGAAAAAAGUUUGGAAUUAUUUAUUGGACUGGUUUCCGUCAUCGAAGGAAAUUAUUGAUAAUUAUUCCGAUAUGUAUUGCCCAACGGAUAUUUCCAAUGUUUAUCAAACAAAAGAAGUCGUCAUAGAUUAACAAUAAUUUAGUUAUUUCACAAAAAGGAAAUAUUUUUGUUUAUCGCUUCGAUGUUGUAAUUAUUACGUUUGAGGUAUUUAGAAUUUCUGUUUAAUUAGCUGCUUGCAAAACUAUUCGUAUAAAACAAA